AUGGGUUUGACAUCAUACAGUGGCAUCAAGAAUACCGCAGUGUUCACCUACUGGCUCCUGUUUCUGCUGUUCCGCCCAGCUGUGCCCAUGUGUCUGCCCACUGACUUCACUCUGCACGUGGAGAGACCAGAGUGUGACUUCUGUGUGGCCAUCAACACCAUCUGCAUGGGAUUCUGCCACUCAAAGGACAGCAUCAUCGGGGACAAAUUCAGCCCCCCCUUCCUUGAACAAAGAGGAUGCACCUACGACAAGGUUGAAUACCGAACAGCUGUUCUGCCCGGCUGUCCCAUAGAGGCCAACCCUGUCUUCACUUAUCCCGUGGCCCUCAGCUGCAAGUGCGAUUCCUGCAGGACUGACACCGAUGAAUGUGCACACAGAGCCAGUGGGGUUGGGGCUCGGUGCACCAAACCAGUCCGACGUCUUUACCCAUAUCCUGCACAGAGCAGCUACAUGACCCCUUUCUGAUUCUAAAGCUCUCAUUGUCCUCACUCUCUAUGUGUUACUGGCGUUAACUGUAUGACUCAUGAGUAUUUUCGGAAAGGAGACAUGACCAAUCAUGUAACAGAUUAAUAAAUAACUGCACGUUCUGUAUUGUUGCCUAUUGUACCAGCCUGCUCUAUUGUGCUUUUGUUGCCAAAUCUGUCUGCCCUGGAGCUCUGCCUCUCAGUUCACACUGGUGGAGUUGAUCCUUCUGGUGUGCUUUGGUAACCUUAAUUAAUGAACCUCCUGUAAACUCACGGGGGUGUGACUUACAGAGUUUUUAUGUUUAAUCUGAAGGAAUACUCUGAAUGCAACUCCAUUAAAGCUGAAGUCUCUAAAUAGC